CAUAUAACGGUUCAGAAAAGCAUUUUAUUUUGGAUUAUAUUUAAAAUAAUUGCAAACUUAAACUGUGUGUUAAACAACUACUUAACAGAGCAAUGGAUGAGGCUUACUUUUGGGACAAACUUGAGGCAGAAUAUGGCGCCAUAAACCUCCACCUACGGAAUAUACUGAAAAAGCAGAACCUCUGCAGCCAAUCGCUGGCCCAUCUGACCACGGAGAGAAUUCGGUGCAUAGAGGAAGAUAUGCGGAUCAUCGCGGAGAGCUUGCGGGAGGAAGCUGCAGCCGGAGGAACGCCCCUCCACGAGAUCUAUGGGAUGGUUUUCGCCAGCAAUCCAGAAAAGUUCCGAUUCCUCAGCGGAGAGGUCAUGUGUCUGCUGGAUCUAGCCGAUGUGAUGAAGAAAAAAGGAAUCAAAUACUUUCUCAACGACAAGCAAAAACCUACUCCGGCUACCAGCGUCGAGCUCUACAACGACGAUGCUAAAAAGCAUUCACGCACAUUAUACGAAAAGAUAAUGCAACAUUUCACUUUGCUGGAUAUGACGGACGAGUUGCUGGAGCAGCUUAAAACCAUUAAAAUAAAGGUGUUCUCCAAUGGCGGUGGGAGAUUCCGAGCCGAGGCACUGUGUCCUAUUUGUGAAGCGAGCUGGAAACGAUCGAAGCUAUCCUUUUCUAUGGAUCAGAAAAGAAACUGGCACAUCUACAGCUUAACUCGGCACAGCAGCACAAUGCAUUUUCCACUGUCGGAAUGUUCAUCGCGGAAACGACGUCGAACGGACGGACCAACGGUAACAUCGAGCGUUACGGGUCUCUUUCCGGCUCGAUUGGGCAGGCUGAGAUUGCCUGAGACCGAGAUGCCGAGUACUUCAGGCGAUUUCAAAGAGGAAGAUCAAUCCGACGACGAAGAGCUGGAUUCGAUGAAGGAAGAAAUAAUAAUUGGUGAGGAACAUGAUGGUGAUUUGUAACCACGGUACCAGGAUGAGGGUUUGUUUUCGCCAACAGAACGAGUUUUUAUUAAU